AUGAGGCUCAUACUGCCCCUCUUCCUCCUCCUAUCCCUCCUCACCAGCUCACAUGCAACAGGGCCAACGGCAACUUUGCAAGUGAAGCUGAAGACUUUUCUGGCCAAUGUCUCCCAUGACUCCAGCUUCCUGGACUUGCCUGGAAAGCUCUGCCUCCUCCUCCACCUCCCAUCAGGGACCAAUGUCACCCUCCAUCAUAAAGGACCCCCGCACCACUUUACCUGCAAAGACUGAGAACAACUGAAGCCUGUGUUAGCCCGGGCAUUCAGCCUCAGGUGCUGGGACCAUGCCUUGAACCCGC